UGGUUGCCUGGUUUCCAACAGCCACUAGUCCCCAUGCCUUUUUAUAUUUCCAUAAUACACGAAUUUAAUAUGCCUGGGCAUUUCUGGUGCAAGAUAUUCAUAUGCAUAGCGCCCCGCGUAUUUUCUCGUCGAGCGAAGUAAAGUUCCAACCUUCUUUUAACCGUUACAGUUCCCGAUACCCGUUUCACGCUAACGGCAGCAGCCGAGCGCUAACUUCAGUGGAGCGUUUCCACCUCCAUCCGUUGCGUUGGGCAUCCACUGGUUGCCUGAACAUUUAACCAAGGGCACUGAGAGCCACUGCGUCCCGCGGCCCUAAUGCUUCAACUAUGGUCUUACUAUCUGCCGAGUUGCAGACAUUAGGUUGCCGUGACCCGCUGUAGGAAGUGCAGAAUUCAGCGCCCACGAUAGGCAUUAACAAGUCCGAAAGAACCUUUCUCUGUGCCGGAAUGUACUUUCCAGGUUGUGCGUUGUGGAACUUUUGCGGAAAACUUCUUCAGCGCCAGGCUCUCAUCGCAGCUUAGAAUCUUUCACCUGGACUCUCCUUCAGUAAGAGAUCCUUGGGGGUAGAUCAGUAUGCUCCAAAUCAAAUCAAUUAACUAUUCGAUUAUAUGUCGAUUAGUGCUCUUUCAAGAUGGAAACCGUCGACCAAUAGCAUUAUAACUGUCAUCAUUAACUAUAAUUUCCACGCGCGGACCACCGAAUGUCCAUCUAGAAGUUCCGUUAUCUUUGCAUCGAUACACCCCUCUUUAAGACUCAAAAUGACAUACACACAAGCGAUUCGAAGACAUUCUCGUCGGGCAGGCCGUCUGCAGCUGGCCGUGUCAGUCACCAUGCCAGACUGACGCGUGGCUCUCGGAGGAAGCUUCCGUUUUCCGGUGGGGCGAUUUAACAAUGCCAGGGAUAGCUUAUAUCGUCCUACAAACUUGUCGAUUUCCCCAAUCACCUCAAAAUUAAGUCCACCAAAAAGGGGCCGUCAUCGAUCGGAUGCAGAAAUUGGUACACCCGCUCACACCAACUGGCGAUGGCAGAAGCAGCGGUCUAUAAGCAUAGUUCGUGCACUGAGUAACUAUAUGAUGUGAUACAGAUCAAACUUACAGGCAAUUGUUGCCAGCUCGAGACCCAAUCCUGGCCAUGUAUUAUGCGCUUUGCCGGGCGAGCAACCAACCGGUUGUGGUGCCCUGCCGUUUGCGAACGUGUUUCUCGGGUUUGUCCGUUUAUUUCGAAACUCUUCGAGUAUAUCAAAAAGUAUAAAGGCGGCGUGUAUUGCUACCUGGCCCCUUUGGAAGCUCAAAUGAAACUUACAUGCUACUAAGCAUUUCACGCCUAACCACCAUGGAUCUCAGCACUCAAACAACCAAGUCUGCAAUUCUCCCCACAGCUGCAUUCUCGAAAACGCACCAUAAUUAUGACGAUGAGAACCCUGAAAACAGCGAGCCACAUUGGGAGAAUUCUAUUUUGAAUCCAAAAAAUCGGAUAGAGAGUCUCUCACCACUUCCGAAUCCUCUCUGGCGAAUUGACGCCGUUGCUAGUAAUGGAACCGACUUCUUCAUAGUCCCGCUAUUCAUGGAAAACUUUCCAUAUCUACGCAUUGGAUUAAGUAUUCCCGAGCACACGAAAUUCUGCCGGCGACUCCAAGAGGAUUUGAUGAUGAGCGCUGUAUUCCACAUGCGAGACAAGGUCCGAAUUAACAACCUUCCGCUCACCCAGCAUCUUCUCCGAAUACUUCAACACUGGACUCUCUCUAAUCCCAAUUUUGUCAAAAUUUACCAAAAGCUUCCUUGGGGAUCGUCUUUGGUUGCUGAAAGUAUCCCUAAUGAUGUCAAAUGUGCCAAGCUCACGAUCACACCCUCUCACCAUGCCGAGCAACAACUGCUGACGGUUGAAGACCUUCAGCUUUUUUGGGGACACGAAUUAGAUUUACCCGAGCCUGUUGACAUCAAAGACCUCCGCUACGAAGAACAGCUUCAUGAUAGCGUAUGUGCUGUCUGGAUCUCGCACAAACGUUACGCUUUCAAAGCCGUCACUACCCAUACCAAGUACCUGUAUAACGAACUACGACAGCUACUCUUGAUUACUCCUCACGAUAAUAUCAUUUCACGACCAAGACAUUUGAUUGUGAAACCCAGUGUGUUCGGUGGCGAGCUGCUCGUAAUUGGAUUUACGCUCGAUUAUCACAAGUUGUCCUGUGCACGGGAUCAUCUUGGAUUCUAUCGGCGGCAAAAUAUUUCAAGUCUAAGGAGAGAGGUAAAUUGGUGCUUGCAGAUAACCUCGGCACUUAUUCACCUACGCGAGACUCGCGGAACAUAUUAUCCUGAUCUCCGUUUAGACAAUAUCUUGCUCAAGGACAACCUAGAUUUUGUCAUGGUGGAUUUUGAACAGCGCGGGGUAUGGUUUGAAUAUGCUCCUCCAGAAGUCAAUGCAAUCGAUAUUAUGUGUACGCUACAAGGAGAUUCAUCUCUAGAUGAGAGGAUUCGAUCAAAAUACAGAUCCAUCCUCGAAUCUGUGAUCCCAAACGCGGAUAUUCUGUUACGAGCUAAUGAGUAUUAUUACUAUACCAAUGACGGGUUUAACAUCCCUUGGCUCGCUUUGACAAGCAAAGAACGCGAAGCUUGUGAAGUAUUCAUGCUUGGCCGUUUGAUGUGGUGUAUCUUUGAGGCUGCUUGUGCCCCUCAUAGCGGUUCCUACUGGGUUUCUUAUGCGCACGAACUCGACUUUGACUUUCCUUUGUAUCGUGCAACACCGCCAGCAAUUAGAAAUCUCAUUGAUUGGUGCACUCGCGGCCACCGCCAAUGUCUGAGUGAUGUCAUCUUCCGCCAAGAUGGGAGGGUAAUCCUUCGAGAACAUCAAGGCACGAACGCGUCAACUCCACAAGAGGUUCAAGAGGCAGCGUAUUCGUUUUGGGAGAAAGAAGUACAGGAAGCAGAAGAAUGGGUUUCCGAACGAUCACGUCAAAUCCAAGCCGGAACCUGGAACGAAAACUACUACCAUCGGCCGAAUCUUCGUCAGGUUCAGCAUGAACUCAUCAAAUUCAAUGAAUCUGGGUUGGGCAUGGAUUGACAACAAGGAGAUGUGGUACUGCCCCUUACAUAUUAGAGGUUCGUUUUUUUUAGAUUUAGGUGGAAUCUCGCAGAUUCGAUAAGUGCGUUUUGCAAAUGUCACAUCAUUCAUAUUUUUUGGCGAAUGAAGUUGCUCUCUAAUGCACUGGGUUUAAUUAAGCAUCUAGAGAUGGCGUGAAACAACAAAGAAAAUACAUGGUCAAAAGGAAAAAAUGGGAAUCAGAUAGAUUUGAAUUCAUAAUAUGUACUAGAAGUUUCUUUGAAUGCCGAAGAAGAAUUGUUAGAAAUUUAACAACGUGAACGAGUGUCAUAUAUGGCCGUUAAUCGGAAGGCCCAGGGCGUCUGUUAUGUGCCUUUUAUCUGGCCCUCUUGAUCUUAGAAGACAGCAUAGGAGACUGGGAUGAACGCUUCCUGCCUCCGGCUGACGGUUUCCCCGCUCUUUGUUUAUGCAAGGAUGAGUUCAAGACUCUAAACUUGCUCACAUACGUAGCCGGGGCUCCAUGAAUAGCGAUUUGCUCAAGGAUGGCUUCGAGAUUAUGCAAAAACUGGCUUGCAGCGCCAGGAAUCAAACUAAGUUCGCCCACAACAAAGUUCUGGUCUGUGUCGCCAAUGAGUCUCAAGUACAGGUUCCUGUCGUGCCGGUCCUUCCCAGGGUGCGCGUCCUUGUUUCGGCUCACCACGCUGGCGAGGAUGUGUGUAAGAGCGCGUGCGGCACAAAGGGCCUCACCGGCUGGUAAAGGGUCAUCUUGCGCAAAGAUGUAAGAGCGGAUUAUUCGAAUGACUCCAUUAAUAUGCCGAGAUGCCCAUUCGACAUUCUGCUGUGACUCCGUUGAUAUUUUGUGAACUCCAAAGAGAUCAGGGGAUGCUGGUGGACUCUGAGAUAUGAGGUGGUAGGACGAGGCAGAGUAGUUAUCGAGAUCGCGAAGAACCCUGUCAAUUCUUCGAGAGAGUUUCAUGAAUGGGUCGUGAAUGGCGUCGUUUGCGUUGGUUUUGGAGAGGACAUAUUGGAAAAAGGCGGCGUUGUCAAGUAGCAUGCGAAAGACAGAGUAGUCGAGAUCCUGGGGCUGGAUAAUGUCCUCGCCAACGACGAUGGGAUAAUCGAAUAUGUCAGGACGGUCCAUGUCGUCGUGGAAAGAUGAUAUAAUCUCUCGUGAGUCCUGGAAACGGCCAUCGUCGGGGCUCAUCAAGUACCCGUCUUCGUCUAUAGAGUCGUCAUAUCCCACUGGCUGAUUCUCCGGUUGCAAGUGCUGGCACCGGAAGUCCUGCGCAAGAACAUCAAGAUGAUAAUUGACGAGAUUUUGAAAUGGGUCACCCAUCUCUUCUGCGUAUCCAUUAGAGUUCAUGGUCAGAGGUUUGUUGUGGUCGUGGUCGUAGAGAGUUUGCUUAACCAGCUGAUCUAACAGCCAGAAAAGAUGCUCGCAUGUCUCCCCCCCGGUUCUAUUUGUAUUACAAGAACACAUUAGACGCUCGGAUCCAGUGCUUGAAGCCUUGAUCCGGACAGUUCGUGUGACCAACUCUGUCAUUUGAAAUGCGUAAGUGUCGUCCAUCCUCCUGCAUUUCUCGAUGGCGAUCUUGGGUGGCUCAUUGAAGACGUCUCGAACCGCAUUCUUCGUUUUCUCGGAAAGCUGGUCAAUUUUAUACGUCAAUCUAGUGGGAGACUGGACCGUUGAAGGGUCUUCGUCAUUUUCCAGAUCAGAAUCGUGAUGAAGUUGCUCUUCAGGAUUGGCAGAGGCUUCCUCCUUGACAACAGUGUCGUCGGUGAUUAUUGAGUACGGAACCGGCAUUGGACGAGCCCUAGAUCGAGUGGUCGGUGGCAUUUGACUAAUUUGGAGAUUCCUGAGAGCAGACACGGGGGGGGAAUUGGAAAUGGCCGACAUUGAACGCCCAACCCAACACGGGAAGGCGGUACAAAGACGCUUUUGAUGUACAGCUUCCGAGGGAUAUUGCUACUCCUAGGCGCGAAGUAAGUAGCUUGUAGUUGCCAAGGAAAAGGUGAGGUGGAAUAUGGAAGAAAUGCGGGAAGCCUCGGGCAGUGAGACGAGACAAAAGAGAUCGCCUGGGGGAGGACGCCUUAGUUGACAAGACGAAGGUCAAUCCACCAAGUGUUUGUCGACUUGGGAAAGCGCAGGACUAGGCGGGAAACAAGGCAGCCGAAUCCCUAAGAUGGAACAAAGGGGAAUUGUGGCUGAAGACCAAAGAAAAGGUUGGUUGGUCCACGGUGUUGCGGGUGGACUGUAACUUGUCGAGCCCAGAUUGGGGGUUACGCCGUCAGCCUUGUGUCCUGGGUAAUGCCACCGCUGAAGGAAGGAAAACAAGGGAAAUAAAGUGAGGAACAAAAGAUGUCGACGUAGAACAAAGAAAAUAUUUCACUGUAGGUUAUGGAGGGGGGCGGAACCCAAAUGGAGGAAGGGCACGCGGCGGCUCUUUUAUCACGGACAGAAGCGCGGAGCAGGUGAGGAAUAAGUCAACUGGGCCCUGGGCCAUGCCUGCACACCCCUCCCCCCCCCCUCCCCCC